AUGAGUGAAGAUGCCUUGUCUCGCAUAAAACUUAAUGCUUUAGACGACGCAUCAAUGGAUGUUAAUGUGGAUGACGAUGACAUACAAAAAGUAAUACGCCAACUGAAAGAACUUGAAAAAUACAGACCUGAGCCCCAACCAGAGACAGUGAUAAUUUCAGACUCAGACUCGAGUGUGACGGAACAUGUAGAAUUGUUCGAAGAAAAUUACCCUGUACCAUCUGUAACUAAGAGUAGUAGAACAGACACGAUACACUCAAAUAUUGAACCUGAUAAGCUACCAAAAUUUGACAACACUGACAAGCCAAUUAAAGCAACUACAAGUCAACCUGAAUCGGAUAGUGAGGAAUUCCCAACAAAUAUAAACUUAAGAAUACAGGGUACAGUACAAAAGUUGGAAGUAUCCGCCGAAAAUUUACGGAAAAUUGUUAAAGAAGAGUUAAAAAGUAUUUUCGACAGUUUCAAAACCAAGAUAAUGAAACAGUUAGAAGUAAAAACAAAGGAAGUUCUUGAUAAAUUCAACCAAAUAUCUGAGUCUAUGUCCAAAGUCGAAAGUCAACUGAAAUAUAUUCAAAACGAAGUACAAUCCAAUUGUAAGAAAAUUAAUGUAUUAGAAUCUGAAAAUACAACACUACGACGUACUCAAGCUUAA